AUGUAGCAUAAAAUAUGUCCGCCUCGCGGAAGAAGAAAGCGUGUCAAUUAUUAGUGCUUCAAUUUUUUAGCAAUUAUUAAGCCGGGCGAAUGGCACUCUCGUUGAGUUAGCCGCACGAAAUUAAUCUGACUCUCGUAGAAGAUGAGUUUCUCUGUGAAGAAGACUGGUGGCAGAAUGUGGCACGAGGCACGCAAGCAAGAGAAGAAGAUUCGCGGCAUGCUGGUCGAUUAUCGUCGUCGAGCGGAACGUAGACGAGAUUAUUACGAGAAAAUCAAAUCAGAUCCUACGCAAUUUCUCCAACUACAUGGCAGACCCUGUAAAAUACAUCUGGAUCCAGCAAUAGCUGCUGCGGGUGACAGCCCUGCAAAUAUGAUGCCGUGGCAAGGCAACGAAGAUAAUCUCAUAGACCGCUUUGAUGUACGAGCACACCUCGAUUGGAUACCAGAAGCACCAGACACCAUUGAUGUUGACAUUGCUUUAACAAGUGAAGAUAGACAUAUCAACUAUGAACGUUAUCGUAUUAUUGUUCAGAAUGAAUUCUUAGGCGUGAAUGAAGAGAAGUUUCUUCAUCAAGUAUAUCUAGAGGAGCAGUUUGGUUCAUCGACCAAGUUGGAUGCUGCAAAAGAUAAGAAAAAGUCUGCCAAUAAUGCUGCCAUUGGAUAUAAUUAUGAGACAGAAGAACCGAUACCUGAGCCAGUAAAACCAGUGGACCCUGUUAUAUCAGAGGAGAAGGGAGACGAUGAAGAUAGCGAUAUAGACUUAGAUAUAUGCGUGGACGUAUCUCAAAUAGAACCAUCUCAGGCGCACGAAAUGAAUUUGGUAGCUCAAAAAUAUGGGCUCCUAGGUGCUGAUUACUUUAGCUUUUUGACGCAAGAUUUUGAGGAGGCUGAAACUUUGCGGCAAGCGCGGAAGCAAGAGGAAGAAAAAGCCAUGUAUUCGGGUCGUCGGUCGCGUAGGGAACGGCGAGCGUUCAGGGAAAAGAAAAUGAUAGGUCGCGUAAUGAGUCCACCUAGUUACGCGGCAAGGGAGAGCCCGGAGUACAAUCCUUACAGAAAGUCUUCUUCCAAGUCGCGAUCGCGCUCCGCAUCGCCUAUUAAUACCGGACAGAUUACUUAUAUCACGAGUUUCGGCGGAGAGGAGGAGACUCACGGCAGUACCUCAAACGUCACGACGUAUUCGAAGAAGGUCAUUUAUUCGUAUCUCAGACGGCGGCGAUCGGAGAGUCCUGCUUUCAACGAGAGGACAGUCAAUAGAAAGCUGUCCAAGUCCAGAUCGAGAAGUUGUUCGCGCUCCGUCAGCAGGACUAAAUCGUAUAGGACACGCGACAGAAAGCGAAGUGGAUCUAGAGUGAGAUCAAGAAGGGCUCGUUCGAGACCUCGAAAGUUCACUAGAUCAAGAACGAGGAGUCGGUCCAGACGAUCGCGAACACGAAGCAAAUCACGAUCGCGUUGCAGGAGCACCAGCAGAUCCCGAUCAUUCACCGUUUCCCGAUCCAGAUCGCGCUCGCGCGUGAAGAGAUCCAGGAGCGCGUCCUCGAGUAGCGUGUCGAAGUCAAGAUCUAGAUCUAGAUCGCGUAACAGAAGUCAUUCGAGAGACAGCUAUCGGAAAAGGCGUUACUCGCCGUCUAAGUCGAGAUCCAAGUCACGGUCGAGAUCGAAGUCUCCGACGAGAUCUAGAAGUCGGUCAAGAAGUCAGUCGAGUUGUAAACGAUCACGAAGCGAUGACAAUAAGACACCAGCACUGCCAAGGUAUUAUGGCCGACGUGGAAAGUCGUCAAGUCUCGAAUUAGAUUUGUCUGACAACGAGGAGAAAGCCAGUCCAGCGACACCGAAGCCGCCGAUAAUUAACGCAAGCACGAACAAGCCAAAAGCAGGGUUAAGUACAAAUUCUGGUGGCGGACACAAAUCGGUGAAAAUUACACCUCAGGAGCGGCUUAAGAAGAAAAUGCAGACUCUGUUAAACAGACAAUAUAAAGCUGACAAGAAGGCCGAGCAACUGAGGAUUGAGAAAAUGGAGCAGCAGAGGCAAGACCGGGAAGACGAGAUUCGAGAGAUGUCUUUAAAACUCCGUAGAAAACAAAGAGAACGAAGGCAUCGCUACGAAGGCCACAGUUCCGAUACACGUUCUUCCGUGUCUCGCACGCCAAGCCCAAGUCGUAGUCCCCGACAUCACGCGGUGCGUCGCGAGAGGAGAGAUCGAGACGUAGACGGCGAUCGUGAAAGGGAAAGAGAAAGGGACAGAGACAGAGACAGGGAUUAUCGUCGCGAUGACCGCGAUCGAGAUCGUGAUCGUAUGAGCGAUUCUGUUGCAAAUGGUAAGGCAGUAGACAGAAGCGGUCCUGCAUUAGAAAAACUUGUCACCGACACAAACACAGAAACAGGAAAUUUACUUAAAGGAAAAGUCGUUUGUAAAACAAUUGUGUCAGAUGAUAAACAUUUGAUAGUGAGAUAUCUAAUUUCUCGAAGUGAUCUUUCAAAACAUGAAGUAGCUAAUGUUAUUCUCACCACGGGUGGUACUGGGUUUUCUAAAAGGGACGUAACACCUGAGGCAACCAAGAAAGUUAUUGAUAAAGAAGUUCCUGGAAUAAUCACAGCAAUGGUGACAGCAGGCUUGAAAACAACACCAAUGGCUAUGCUUACUCGAGCUGUAUGUGGAAUACGAAAUAAGACAUUGAUUAUUAAUUUACCUGGUUCAUACAACGCUGUGAGAGAAUGCCUGACUGUCAUUGCUCCUGUAAUUCCACAUGCAGUAGAUUUGAUCCUAGAUAGGAAAGAUGCGAUUGUGGUUACUCAUAAUACUGUUAGAUUAGCAACUAGUAAUAACACUAAAGCAGUUCAGCCUGUUCACUGUAGCAUUAUGGUUGCUCAUAAAAAUAUAGCACAACGCAGCAGACAGUCUCCAUUUCCUAUGGUUUCAGUAGACAACGCACUGGAAUUAAUACGUAAGAAUGUGGAGAAAACAGGGACCGAAGUGGUGAAUAUAAAAGAUGCAUACGGCAGAAUAUUGGCCGAAGAUAUAUUUUCCUUUUGUGACUUGCCACCAUUUAGAGCUUCCAUUAAAGAUGGAUACGCAGUAUUGGCAAGUGAUGGGAAAGGUAUAAGAAAGGUCUUAGGUGGUGUGACAGCAGGAACUAAACCUUUUUCAACUCCACUUCAAACUGGCACAUGUGUGCGUGUAAACACUGGAGCACCUGUACCUGAUGGUGCAACAGCAGUUGUACAAGUUGAGGAUACAAAGCUAAUAUUAGAGAACUCUGAUAAAACUGAAGAACUGGAAAUUGAGAUAAUGACUGAACCAGUGGAAGGACAAGAUAUUAGACCUAUUGGUUGCGAUCUAGAAAAAGAAGCCUUAGUUGUAGAAGCGCAGAAGUAUAUUGGUUCAACAGAAAUAGGACUUCUAGCAGCUUGCGGUGCUAAAGAAGUUACAGUCAACAAAAUACCAUCUAUAGGUAUAUUGUCUACUGGAAACGAGUUACAGGAACCCGGAGAAUCAUUGAAACCAGGAUGUGUUUACGAUAGCAAUAGAAUAACCUUGAUCGCACUAUUAAAGGAGAAUGGCUUCAAAGCUUUGGAUUUUGGAAUCAUAGUUGAUGAUGAGACCAUUUUGAUAUCUAAAAUAGAAGCAGCUUUACGAAAGGUAGAUGUGCUCGUGACAACAGGUUCUGUGUCGAUGGGCGAUAGAGAUAUAUUGAAGUCUAUUCUGCAGGAACAUUUUAAAGCCACGAUACAUUUCGGUCGUGUGAACAUGAAACCGGGAAAGCCAACGACGUUCGCGACAUGCAUGUUCCAUGAUAGAAAAAAAUAUUUCUUAUGUCUCCCGGGGAAUCCUGUGUCCGCUGUCGUUACCGCACAUUUGUUUCUUCGGUCUCUUUUGAAUGAGAUGUGCGAUGAUUUAUCAGAACCUAUCAUAGUGCAAGCUAAGUUGACAUCGUCGUACAAUUUGGAUCCGCGUCCCGAAUAUGCGAGAGUGAUCUUGGAAUGGAAUAGCGAAAAUGAAGUUCCAUUAGCAUAUAGCACGGGAAAUCAAAUGAGUAGUAAACUACUUAGCUGCAAAAGCGCCAAUGCGCUCUUAAUGUUGCCAGGGCGAACGGAGAACAUAAAAGUGUUAAAUGAAGGUGAUAUCGGAUUAGCGAUGUGCAUUGGAUUUAAAUAAUUUCUAAUAUUCGCGGCACGGAUGAUUAUCAUUAAGGUUUUUUGAUUGUUUACAUAUUCUUAUAUAUAAACAUUUUGAGAUGUAUUUUUGAGAUGAUACAUGUAUUGAGAUGACACACACACACACACACACACACACACACACGUAUAUAUUUACACACAUACGUAUUAUGUUAAAAAGUAUAAAAUGGAUGCAAUAUAUGUAAAGUUUAGAAUACCUUGUAAUGUACAUAAUCGUAUGUUAGAAAGCAUAAAAUAGAUGCAACAUAUAUAUAUAAAGUUUGGGAUGUUUUGUGUUGUAUACAAUCUUGAAGAAGUGAUGAUUUCCAAAAAUUUUGUGAAUUUAUCUUAAAAAUGAUUGCGAUAUGUUUCACUUGAGUAAAAGUAUAUUAAUUUACUUGAGUAGAAGUAUAUUAAUUAAACAUAAUAUGUAUGUUAGAAAGCAUAAUAUAAAUGCAACAUAUAUAUAAAAUUUGGGAUACUUGGUGUUGUACAUAAUCUUGAAGAAGUAAUGAUUUUCAAGAAUUUUGUGAAUUUAUCGUAAAAAUAAUUGCGAUGUAUUUCACUUGAGUAAAGGUAUAUUAAUUAAA